GGCAAAAUUAGUGUUCGACCAACUACAACUAAGGUCGAUGACGACUUCGAACAUUCGCGAACAGAUCCCCGAUUUUUAAGGGAGGUUGCGACAAUAGUUCAAAUGGUCGCCUCCUGAACCAAACAACUCUCUUUGUACAGGAAUCCCGAGUAUGAAAAGGACUUCAUGGAGCAUAUGAUCUUCACGUCUCCAAAUGACAUGUAAAAGAUGUUGAUGGCCGAGUUUCACUUCUCCAUAAAUGUCGCGAAUAGACGCACAUUUAGAAAGCGGAUGGACCACUUGUAUAAUUGGUGAAACCCUGCCACGUACCUAGGCCAAAUGCUCAACACUCACACUAAAAAUCAUGUACCUCUCAGAUCCAAGCUUGCUCUAUCCCGAGUGUAGAACUUCAAGUACGUCAGUUGACCAAGACUAGAUCUCCCUCUGAGUGAUAGUGACUAUGGCAACUUCUUCUCUGAUGAUAUUCAAGCAACUAGAUCUUCCUCCAUGUGAGAUUCAGAAUAGGACGAGGACUAAAGCUUCUUUUCAUGUGACUUUACGGUGACUAGGGACGAUGAAGAUGACCUUAUUUCUUCUUCUCCAGCGACAGGUGGCGAGCUCCGGUGAUGGCAGAGAGUUUGGUUGACCACUGUUAGAGAGAUUGAGUUGGGAAAGUUAGGGAUGGAAGAGAUGUUUGGUUAGAUUGAUUCAGGGAUUCUAUAGUUUAAGAAUUACAAGAUGAAACAAGGACAAAAUUGUGGUGGAUUUAACACGAUGAACAAACCCAAUUUAGGGUGACGAUAUCACUUUAAUUUACAAUUGUAUCUAGACGGGGCACUAUGUACUCGCGAAUCGCGAUGCAGAACAAGUAUAUUAUUAAAUAUUGAGGAUCCAAAGACUCUACAACUAUUAGAAUACUCAUAACAAUAGCGAGCAGAGACAAGUCGUUUCAAUCCUUACAACUCAUGGGUCUCUUUUCUUCUCAGAUUAAUUAGUUGAGAGACGUGGUUCUCAACCAUUAAUGACCCACCAUGUGUCAAAAGAUCGAAUGGUGGUUAGCAUGGUUGUCAUGCCACUGGAAUGUUGGUCGGUUGAAAUGAUAUAAAUAAUGUCGCAAAUGAAACCGGUUGGAAUACCACCGGGAUGACCAAUUUUUUGUCUCUCAACAAAAUGACGUCGUUUUAUUGAAUUUAGUUAAGCAAAAAUUAUUUUUUGAUUUAUUUCAUGUAUUUAAAAAAGUUAAAUAUUGAUGUUAUUUGUUGAAUUCAAAUAUAAAAUUUUAGGUGUCGAUGUCAAAUAUUAUAUUUAAAUAUCAAUACUUAUUAUUUUGAAUAUAUUUUUAUAUAUGCUUACAUCCAUUUGAUGUUAAUGAUAAAAUUUUACAUAUUUUGUUAGAGCAUCUACAUCAAUCCAAUUGUAAAAGCAAUUGCAUUUGUGUUCUUUAAUGCCAAAUCAACUUUUUUGCCCAUCAACUCACAUUACUUUCAUUUAUCUACAUCAAUGCAACUAGUUUUGUGCCCAUCCGAUGGGCGACGAGUGUCAUUUGUUUGUACUUUUCUUUCUAUUAUGUGUUAUUUUUUCCAAUGGUAUCAGAUUCCUAAUUUUCAUAUUUAUUUAUUGUUGUUACCUAUUAUCACUGACUUAUCUGAUAUGCGGGCCGCUACAUUUACUCUAUGUUUUAAUGAUGAUCAACAAUAAAGUCAAACAACGCUGUAACUUCAUCACCGCUUGGAAAAUAUUAUUCAUGACCAUAAGAUCUUUGAUUGACUAAAAAUUGUCAAAUUCAUAAGUUGUACAUGGUUUAAGCUCGUGUACGGCUGUACGCCACCUUACCGUACUCCUAUAGAGUUGGUAUUUAGACCAUGUAUUAACAGAGUUUGGCAAAUGAUGCUAUACCAUAUUCUCUAAUAGGUGAAACACAGUCUCUAAUUCUCUAAUUCAACUCGUACGAUUCAUUUAAUGAAAAAUAAUAACCACCGAUUCUUAUUUGUCAAAAUGUAUUAACAUACAACUAAUAGGUAUGAAUGAAGGUGCAUAUUACACCUCGAGUGUACGCUAGCCUUUUCCACCAUUAUAUCAAAGUACAACCAAACUAUUCUCUAUGCUUCUUACCUUCAACAUUGUACGAAUGAUAUCAAAGCAAAUGUUAGUUAUUGAGACACUUUGUCUUCACUUCACAUUGUCAUCCAAUAUUAAAUAUGUGACCGACUGUAACUAGAAUUGUGUGAUAACUUUAUACAAAGAUAAAAGCGCUCUGUUGUGCAGUCAGUAUAGUAACUAAAUUUACAGGACAUCGUCAUGAUAUGAUCUUGCAUUGGUUUUAUAGGACAUCGGUCCGGGUACAUCCCACCCUGGUAUACAUGACAUCGGAUAGGGUAUGACCCGCAGUGGAUUUAUAGGACACCAGUCUAGGUACGAUAUGUGGUGGUAUGCAUGACAUCUACUAUACUACCUGAGGAAUGCAUGACUUAGCAAAUUAAGAUGUAAAAUGCAAUGAACCUAAUCAUGCAUGUGAUUGAAUCCUUGUAUAAAUAUUACUUAUGAUGUGGUUAAGUGAUGACUUUUUAUGAUGUGAUAUAUGAAAUGUGCAUGUCAAUGAUGAUGGUUUUCUAUGGUGUUUUGUACAAUGAUUUAAGAUUUAAUGAUAUGAUGUUUUGCUAUGUUGGGACAGGGGGUUACUUGUUAAUGCCAGUAUGAUGUGAUAUUUGAUGCAUACAUGUUUAAACAUUGAGUUAUCAAGAGACUGGGUGAUGGUCCUUAUGUUGUGAUGUAUGAAUUCUUUGAGUUUGAGAUGAUGAAUGUGAUAUGGCAUGUGGUGAUGAAUGGAUGUUUAUUUGACUGAAUAAGAUAUAACAUAUCAGAUAUAUCUUGACAGUUAAUUUAAGCCAGUAAGGCCUGAGAGGUGGGUGACGGAAAACUGAAUACUCCAUGUGCUGCCAUGGUCAAUGGGAGGGACAAUAAGUCAUUUUGAACUAUACUCUUAAAGGUAACGGAGAAGAUAUAGAUCAUUAUCUUAUGAGUAAGGUUGUCGGGCGAGUAUAACUGGUUACUAAAAAAAGAUAGUAAUAUAUGUAUUAGGGUGUCAUAUUAAGUAAGAAUUAAAAUAGUUAUUUACAUAUCAACCAUCAUAUGUCCAAUAGCUUAAGAUUUGUUUACAAAUCUUGCUUAACUUAGGUGUUAUUCAUCUGAAUAUGACUCAAAGUUGCACAUCUACACUCAUGUCUGAAAAAUAAAGGAAUUUAUGUCAAACAAUAAAAAAUGAAAAGAAAGGAAAUAGAAUUACAUUAGGAAAAAAGUAAAGACAAUGUAUUUUAUAAUUGUGCAUGGAAGAAUAUUUAAUGACGUACGGAAAAUGAAAAGAGAAAGAAGUCUAAAUAACAUAAAAGAAAAGAUAAUGAUAUCAUUUUACUAUGCGAGAAAUGCCAAAUUCAAUCCUAAAAAUGACAAAUGCAUUAUGUAUAUGUACAUGACUUUUUUUUUUUAACUUCUUUCACCAAUUGGUCACAAACAUAUUUAAACCAUAUAACCAUAAUUCGGUUUUGAAAGAUAUACAAAAAAAUUGGUGACCAUUGGUGUCUAGUGAUAUUCUUAAACACAUGAAAUUUUGUGUAUAUAUCACUGUAGCAUAUGACUGAACUAUGUUGAUAUAUUUCAUAUAUUUAUAGUAAGUAUUUUUCUAAAUAAUUGCAACAUAUCUACAUUGGUUCACAUAUUUAUAGUAGUUUGUCAAACAAAAUGUUAAAUUCUUCGUGUUCUAGAAUGCAAAAGAAGAUUAUUCUUUACUUUUCAUUUUUCAAUUUUGAUAGAUAAUCAUAUAUCAAAUUAUGUAAAAUUUUAUAAGUGUGUACCAACUAAAUUUAAGAAAUUAUAAACAAUUAUAAAACAUAUUAUAAACUAAAAAUAAUUUAUUUGUAGAUGUUAAUCAUUUUCUUAUCAAUGCAAAAAAAUAGAAUAUAAAAUUUUAACCGUGAUAGCUAUUCUAUUGGCUAAAAAAUAGUUGUGAUUAAUUACAUGAAAGAUAUUUUAUUCUAUUGGUUAAAAAAUUGAAAUGAUUACAGUUUGAGCUUGUAGGUUGCAUGAUUAAAUCUUAGUUAUGGUGAUUGAUAUACAUGUUUUGUUGUGGUUUAUAGCAUCAAAUAUACUUUAUCCUGGUAGUUGAACAUUUGAAAUGAUGAUAGUUUGACCUUGUAUGUCACAGGUUCAAAUCUUGGUCAUGACGAUUGAUAUAUAUGUUUAUUUUAUUUUAUUUUAAUGUAACCAAUAACUUAAAAUGUUAAAAAGACAAAAUGACUUGAAAAAUUGUGGAGAUUUCAUUAUUCUACGUGGCAAAAACUUGCUCCACAACGACCAUAAUAUAAGUUAAGAUUAACUUGCAAUUGGAUAUGUGGGCACAACUUCUUUAUUAAUAAAAUAAAAGGUUUUAAAAAAUAAAAUAAAAGGUUUAAAAAAUCCAUGAACACCUACGUGGAAUUGCAAAUGAAAUUGAAUAUAGUAGGUUAAUGUGGAUGCUCUUAAACCAACAUGAAUCAACAUAAACUGGUUGUACACCUGUCCAAACAAAUGUACUUAGUGUGAUUGGUUAUUAUCUGUGAUUUUCUUUAGCGCUCAUUUGGUAGCUAGGAAAGCCCUUUCUUUGUUUCCGACUAUGAGUCGCUUCUUUGAUUUCCAAUCCUGGCUGGUUUCCAGGGUGUAACUAUCCUUAUUUAUCAAUACAUGAUAUCUUUUGACAAAAAAAAAAAAAACGGCGCAGCUGUUUAAACCGAUUUGACAACCUUCGUGGUUAGUCGGGCUGUAUCUGUUCAUCAAAAUCAGCAAGUGUCUAGUAGUACAGUGCGGCCCAUGGUCGGCCUGUCAUGAAAAUGACAUAAAUACCAUCGUUAUGACCCAGCAUGAUCAAUUUACAAACUCUAAGUAAAAUGAUGUUGUUUUAGUGAAUUUGAUUGAUAAAAAAUAAAUUUAUUAUAUGUUUUAUGAAUAUAAAAUUUAAAAGUUGAUGUAAUUUGGUGGAUUCAAGUAUAAAUGUUUAGAUAUUGACGUUAAAUGUUGUAUUUAAAUAUGAGUAUUUGUUAUUUUAUUUGGAAUGUUGCAUUUUAUUAUGCCGGAAUGAACCGACACAAACCGAUUGUACCACUUUGAUCGUACCAUUCCACUGCCAAAUCGAGUCAACUGUAUAAACCGGUUUGACCACGUUGGUCAGUUGGUGCGGGCGUGCGGCCACUAGCCAAUCAAAAUGAGUUGCUUUCAGUUAGUCUUGGUCUGGUACUAGGCAGCUCAAUUUCCAGGGCCCGACCCUUGACCACCUCUCGUAUCCAAUCGAGAGUUUUAAUCGCCGCCGUGGUGUCGGUGGCGGAACAAGGACGACGGAAGAGAAAGUGUCUUGGUUUUUUUGGUGGGGGAAAGAGGAGAAGUAUCAAUAAUGUCGAUGACGGUGAUGCGUCCAGCCCAAGGGUGUUGUUGUCACUUCAACAAUGCAAUAAAUAACUGCUUCAGUCUCCGUUAUAGGCGAACUCUCAAGACUCCAUCACUAGCAACAGAAUUUCCCUUCGUCGCAGUAGCAUCGCCGCCAACAAGGCUCUCUCUUUCUCUCCGUCGUCGACCACUCACCGUUGCUUCUUACUCCGCCGCGACGAUGUCGUCAUCACCGUCUUACGACAAGGAGCUCGCCGCUGCCAAGAAGGCCGUCUCACUCGCCUCCCGUCUAUGCCAGAAGGUGCAAAAGGCUCUGCUGCAAUCGGAUGUUCAAUCCAAAUCGGAUAAAAGCCCCGUAACUGUGGCUGAUUACGGAUCACAAGCUGUAGUUAGUCUUGUUCUCCAAAGAGAGCUCCCUGCUGAUCCAUUCUCAUUAGUUGCCGAGGAGGAUUCUGGCGAUCUGAGGGAUGACAGUGCCCAAGAUAUCAGAGCCCGUAUUACAGAACUUGUUAAUGAUACACUAAGCACCGACGAAUCUUCAUCUUCAACUCUGUCUGUGGAACAAGUGUUGAAGGCAAUCGAUUGUGGGGUGUCUGAAGGAGGCGCCACUGGCAGACACUGGGUUUUGGAUCCUAUAGAUGGUACUAAAGGGUUUGUGAGAGGUGACCAGUAUGCAAUAGCAUUGGGACUGCUGGAUGAAGGGAAAGUUGUGUUGGGUGCACUGGCUUGUCCAAAUCUUCCCCUAACUUCGAUUGCGGGUGCCAAUCAACAGCCUUCUUCUGGUGAAGUUGGCUGUAUCUUCUUUGCUAAAUUGGGUUCUGGAACUUAUAUGCAACCAUUAGAGGGUGGUCCGGCUGUGGAAGUGCAUGUUACAGCUACUGAGAAUCCAGAAGAAGCAUCCUUCUUCGAGUCGUAUGAAGCAGCACACUCCCUGCGUGGCUUGACCGGCUCCAUCGCUGAGAAACUUGGUGUUAAGGCACCACCUGUUAGAAUCGAUAGCCAGGCAAAGUAUGGUGCUCUCUCGAGGGGCGAUGGAGCCAUUUACAUGCGUUUUCCCCACAAAGGGUACCGUGAGAAGAUAUGGGAUCAUGCUGCUGGGUGCAUAGUAGUAACAGAAGCUGGGGGGCUCGUAACUGAUGCUGCGGGGAAAGACUUGGAUUUUUCCAAGGGUAGAUUCUUGGAUUUGGACACGGGGAUCAUCUCCACUAAUGCAAAAUUGAUGCCAUUGCUUUUGAAGGCCGUGAAAGAAUCUUUGAAGGAAGGGGAAAGCUGCAGUUCCUCCAUGUGAUUCAUGCUUUCUUUCCAGCAUCAGUUUUGGUUGCCAACUUAGAAGCAGAAGUGUGCUUUCUUUUGUUUCGAUGGUAUCUUGAGAAACUUUAGGCUGUCCCUUCCUCAUCUUCUGCCGAUCCACUCCAUUGACAACGACGACUACACUACGACGGAUAUGCCAAAUGUUGAUUCUUCAUCAUCAAAUUUGUUUUCUUCCUCGUCUUCCUCAGAGCAUUGUUCACAUCCUUUGAUAAUGUCACAACGUGUGGACAGAAGUGGGUUGGAGGCUGAAGGGCAAUGAAGAAGUAAUCGUGAUUCCUUAUCUGGUGAUUGGGUAACCAUUUGCUUGGGGUCGUUUGAUAGUCAUCUUGGUUCCUGAUUUGUGAAGUACAUGGUCUUUUUGCUAAACAUUGUCGAUCUUUUGUAUUUAGGGCCUGCAAAUUUUUUGGAUACAUGGUAUAAUAUGUAUUCUGGAAACCUUUUUGAUUUGGCCAGUGAUGUCAACCAUGCAUUACUUCAUAUUGCGCAUUUUCUCCAUCAUUCCCCUAUUGCAAUGCAGUUAAAAUCGCGCUUUAAAAUUUAAAAGCUUAUGUCCUUUUACAUUUUUAGGUCACCACAACGCUUCUAUAUAGAAUCGUGAUUGCUUCUAUAUAGAAUCGUGAUUGCUUCUAUCAUUCAUUUCAUCAUCCACGAUAUAGUUGUUAUGAAACACAUUAUGCUUGAGAUUGUCAUGGACGAGUGCAAGUGUGCAACAAAUACAAGUAAUUUAAUUUCAAUAGGAUGUUUAAAAGUUUGAUAUGAUUUACGAAAAUGUUAGGAGUGACUAUAUUUCAGAAAGAAAAUAAGAAAUUAGUAAGGGUUAAUUUAUCUAUUUUAUUCAUCUAAUAUCUAUGUAAAGAUUGAUGUAUGUUUUACGUUGACUUAUCAAGAGAGACAUUACAUGAGCUUAAUCGAUGAUAUAGUCUACAAAUACUAAAGAACAUAAACUUUAAAUGCUUAUGAGAGCCAUAUCCAUACCUAUGCAGCUAUGCUAUAUGUAUUUUAAGUUUUGAACAAUUUUUUUCGAUUGCAUUUUAUGCUCUCUAAACAAUUUUGUUUUUCAAAAGUGCAAUUUUCUCUUAUUUCCUCGUCCAGACCAAUAGAGAGAGGCACCUUUACUUGACAUAUAUUAUAUUAGAUACAACUCAUGUUUUCGAAUUUUUUUACAUUCCAAAGUAACAUAUUGCCCACAACCACUUUUAUAGUCGAAUGACACCCUAGUCUCUAUUAAGUUUCUAUUUAUUGAGAUAAUUUCAAUAUCUAAUAAGUAUCAUAAAUGAUGUUGCUUGCCUUCUAGAUAUAUUAUUUUUCAAUUUUUAUGUUUGGAUAAUGUGGUUCAACCUAGUGAAGAGUAGGCACAAUAGUCAAUACAUGUGCGCCAUAAUUGAGAAAAUGUGUGCAUUCGAAUAUCGGAUAAUGUAAAACAAGGGAGUAUAUGCCUUUUUAUACGAGUGAAUCUAUGUGAUGCCAAAAAAACUUCUUGAUCUUGAGACAAUCAAUGAGAUGGCUUCGGGGGUGAGAUACCUGGAUUGACCUUGAACCUUGGUUUCCAUUUCUCCCGAAAGCUAGGAUUGUGAGUCGCCCUCGAGGAGCCAAGAUGACAUCUUGGAACAUGAAGCCACAUUACAUGCCUUGUUCACCUUAAUGAGCUAGAUGCCACUGAGAAUCCAGAUUGGCCUGGAAAUUUUGCUAAUGAGGUAACUUUUUGGUUAUACUUUCUUACUAUGCAAUUUAGGGCGAAUUCGAGGCCAUCCAGUUCUCUUCUCAAUCUGAAAGGCCCCAUCUUCGUCCUACUCCAUCAAGAAGUAAUACAUCUAUUGGGAUUCA